AUGCAGACGCGGUCAGCAGCACAGGAGGGCGGGGUAGUGGAGGUCGCUAGCCCAAACCCCACAGAGCAGCCGGGGGGUAGUGGGAUAAAUGUGGCGGGGGAGUCGGGAGCCAACGGCCCCGACAAUUCGGUGAUGGCGGGGGACAUUCGCCCCCACAGUUUCGCGUCAGAAGCGCUCCGAGGACUGGGAUGGGAGCGCACCGUCGCAAGCCUGUACCUAGAGGAGGAAGAGGAGGAACAGGAGCUCACCAGGACGAUUGUGUCAGACUUGAUUUAUAAUAUUCUUCCCGUUCAAAACCGCCCCUUGCUCCCAGUCAUUGUUCCGUGUUACGCAGCGAACGGUGGUUCGCUGGGUAUCAUAGGCCAAAUUCGAGCACAAAUUUGCAUUGGCGAUAUCAAACUCUCCGGGCCGAUAUUAGUCUCGUCCUCGCUGGCGGUUCCGUGCUUGUUGGGGACGGACUUUUUGGGCAAAAUGCCGAUUAAAAUUCUAAUUGAUCAGGGUUGCAUCGAGCUUCCCUCGGGCCGACGGGUAACAUUCCUGCCUUCCCCUGUCACCUCAAGGGCAGCGUGCACGUCGAUACAAGCGUUCGUCACUCGGACAGUGCAUGUACCUCCCGGGGCGCAAAUGCUCGUGCCCCUUUGCUUGCGUCGGCCUUUCGUGCCCGGUGUUCUGGACCAGGGAAUUAUGUUAGGGCCCUCGAGGGCUGGGGAAAACGGGCUGGAUCUGGUGGCCGCUCAAACGCUCGUUAAGGGGAGCGAUGACCCGUUUAUCCUCGUCCUUAACGUUGGCGUACAGACGCCCGUCGUUCCUCAGGGAACUGUGCCGCACGCGACGCCGGUCCCCGUGGUAGACACGGUUAUGGGUAAUGUGGGGACCGAUCCUCUGGCUCAACCGCAUUCUGAGGGGGACGAUAGUUGGAUGGACGCACUAUGUUUGGGCACGAGUGAUCUGUCCGACUCCCAGCGUGCCGGCCUACGCACCCUUCUGACGGAAUUUUCCGAUGUCUUUAGUAAACACAAAUAUGACAUUGGGUGCACGAAAUUGUUGCGUCACCACAUUGACACGGGUGACAAUGCCCCGGUACGCCAGAAUCCUUUUCGGUUAAGUCCGGCCGAAAACGAUCAUGUCAAAUCGGCAGUGGAUGACAUGUUGGCUGCAGACAUUAUAGCCCCUUCCACCAGUCCAUGGGGAGCAUCAAUAGUGCUUGUCAAAAAGCACGAUGGGUCCUUGCAAUUCUGUGUGGAUUUUCGCCGCCUUAAUAAGAUCUCCGUGGCCGACGCGUAUCCACUUCCCCGGAUGGACGAAUCUCUGGAUGCUCUGGCCGGCGCUUUUUUUUCUACGUUGGACUUGUUAUCCGGAUUCUGGCAACUCCCAGUGGAUGAUGAGUCCAAGCCAAAGACUGCGUUUCGCACACCACACGGCCUAUUCCAAUUUAACCGGUUACCUAUGGGAUUACACUCCGCUCCGGCGACAUUUCAGCGCCUUAUGGAACUGGUUUUGGCUGGCUUACAGUGGAACGUCUGUGGGGAGGCCGAUCUGCUGCACGGGUUGUUGCAGGAGUACGCCGACGUGUUCAGUGAGCACGAUUCGGAUGUGGUGCUAGUGACGAAGAAGGACGGGUCGACCUGGUUCUGCGAUGAUUACCGAAAGUUGAACGCAGUCACCCUCGGCGCCGCCUUCCCCAUACCGCGCAUCGAUGACACCUUUGACAACCUCGCAGGAGCACGGUAUGUUUCCAUCCUCGAUCUGGCAUCCGGGUACUGGCAGAACGGGGUAGUACGGGAACUAACUGAAGCCGGCCAGUCGGGAUGCAUCUGCAUUCCCGCCCAGAUCUGCUGUUCCGUGUCCCUCUACCACAACGGGAGGAAGGGAGCUGCCCCAUGGAGCACCUGA